AUGUCAAGCAAAGCGGGCGGCAAGCGACCAGCGACCAUCACCAGUGAGCCCUCCAACCACGCCAUGGUGUCGGAGGUGCCCCCGGAGCGCCCCGGAGGCCGGGCUUCGCGCUCCUCCCGCAAGGGCAUCGCCUUCGGGAAGCGCUCCAAUUCCAUGAAGAGGAAUCCCAACGCCACCGUGACCAAAAGCGGCUGGCUCUACAAACAGGCCAGCUCGGGGGUGAAGCAGUGGAACAAGCGCUGGUUCGUGCUGGUGGAUCGCUGCCUCUUCUACUACAAAGAUGAGAAGGAGGAGAGUAUCCUGGGCAGCAUCCCCCUCCUCAGCUUCCGCGUGGCGGCCGUGCAGCCCUCCGACAACAUCAGCAGGAAGCACACGUUCAAGGCCGAGCAUGCUGGCAUACGGACCUACUUCUUCAGCGCCGAGAACACGGAGGAGCAGGAGUCCUGGAUCCAAGCCAUGGGCGAAGCCGCCCGGGUGCAGAUCCCCCCGACCCAGAGGUCAGUGCCCACCGUCUCCCCGCACGAGAAGCCAGACUCUGAAAACAUCCCCCCCAGCAAACACCACCACCACCACCGCAACGCCACCCACCGUGAGCACCCCAAAGCCGACCCCGACGCCAAGACCCGGGGGGAAGGUGAUGGCCGUGGCUCGGAGAAGAUUGAGAGGAAGUCGGAGAGGAUGGAGAGCAAGAAGGAGCCCUUGGCCAAAGCCAAUGGCAUUGCCGGGCAGGAGAUGCCCUCAGAGCCCGGCAGUCCUUACCCCGAGGCGCCCCAGGUGCCGGGGAGCGGGGAGCGGCCGCCCCAGCCCAACGGCUGGCCGUACUCGUCACCCAGCCGCCCCGGCAGCACCGCAUACCCCCCGCCCGAUGGGGAGAGCGUGGCCCACCGCCGGGGCUUUGUCCCCCGCACCAACCCCGAGAAGAUCGCCCAACGCAAGAGCUCGAUGACGCAGCUGCAGCAGUGGGUGAACUCGCGCCGGGGGGCCGUGGCCCCCGCGGGGCCGCCCCCGGAGGAGCUGCGGAGCCCCACCAGGUUUUACCCCGUGUCUCGCCGGGUGCCCGACUACUAUUCCCCCUACUCACCCCAGUACCCCGAGGACUACCAGUACUACCCACCUGGGGUGCGCCCCGACAGCAUCUGCUCCAUGCCCUCCUACGAGCGGGUGAGCCCGCCCUGGGUGCUGGAGGACAAGCGGCACUCCUUCCGCAAUGGGGGCACCUAUCAGCUCCGCGACUGGAAGGAGCACCCUGGUUUCGGCCGGCAAGACGUCCCGCUCUGGCUGCCCGGUCCUGGGAGGCAGCCGACCUACUUGGAUGAGGUGGAUGCAGCCUCGGGCUCUCUGCGACGGAUGUCACUGCAGCCCCGCUCCCGCUCCGUGCCCCGCUCGCCCAGCCAGGGUUCCUACAGCCGGGCACGGGUGUACUCCCCGGUCCGCUCGCCCAGCGCCCGCUUCGAGCGGCUGCCACCCCGGGGAGAGGAGAUUUAUGCCCCACCACCUUCAUGAUGAGGCGAUCCAUCAGUUCUCCAAAGGUAAAUGAAUGUGAUUUAUGCCGACCCCACCACCUUCAUGAUGAGGCGAUCCAUCAGUUCUCCAAAGGUGACGCCCUUCCCGGAUGCCUACAGGGAGACACUGCACGCCUACAAGAUAAGCGAGCAAGACACCGACAAGCUGCUGGGGAAGCUCUGUGAGCAGAACAAGGUGCUGCGGGAGCAGGAGAGGCUGGUGCAGCAGCUCCGAGCAGAGAAGGAGAGCCUGGAGAGUGCCCUGAUGGGGACACACCAGGAGCUGGAGAUGUUUGGGAGCCAGCCCGCCUACCCAGAGAAGCUGCUGCACAAGAAGGAAUCGCUCCAGAACCAGCUUAUCAACAUCCGCGUGGAGCUGUCGCAGGCCAGCACGGCCUUGGCAAAUAGCACUGCCGAGUACGAGAGCCUGGAGAGCGAGGUGUCUGCCCUGCACGACGACCUCUGGGAGCAGCUGAACCUGGACAUCCAGAACGAAAUGCUCAACCGGCAGAUCCAGAAGGAGAUCUGGCGGAUCCAGGACGUGAUGGAGGGGCUGAGGAAGAACAACCCGUCCCGUGGCACGGACACUGCCAAGCACAGAGUGGCCAUUGGCCCCUCGGGGACAUACAGCUCCAACAGCCCCGCCAGCCCCCUGAGCUCGGCCAGCCUCACAAGCCCCCUCAGCCCCUUCUCCCUCGUCUCCGGCUCCCAGGGCUCGCCCACCAAGCCAGGACCUGGCGAGCCCAAGCUGAGCUUCGAGCAGAGCAAGAAAGAGGCGCAGCGACCAGCCGCCCCUGGGCCCCCUGCCGAGGGGCUCCCGCAGAGCCGGCAGGAGCAGGAGGCAGAGAAGCAAGCGGCUCUCAACAAGGUGGGCAUCGUCCCCCCCAGGACCAAGUCUCCGGCAGAGGAGGAGAUGCGGCAGGGGGGCGUGACCGUGGGGCUGGGCUCUCCCCAGGAGAGAACGAAGAGCGCUGUGUUCGCCAACGAGACGAAGGUGAAGAUGAGCGUGGAGGAGCAGAUCGACCGCAUGAAGCGCCACCAGAGCGGCUCAAUGAAGGAGAAGCGGCGCAGCCUGCAGCUCCCGGGCAGCCAGCAGCCCGACACCCCUGGCACAAAGGCACCCGCCUCCUACAAGGUGGUGCGCCGGCACCGCAGCAUCCAUGAGGUGGACAUCUCCGACCUGGAGGCAGCGCUGCGCUCCGACGACCCCGGCAAGGUCUACGAGACGCCCCAGGAGGAGAUCGCCCGGCUGCGCAAGAUGGAGCUGGAGCCGCAGCACUAUGACGUGGACAUCAACAAGGAGCUCUCCACGCCGGACAAAGUCAUCAUCCCCGAGCGGUACGUCGAACUGGAGCCCGACACGCCGCUCAGCCCUGAGGAGAUGAAGGAGAAGCAGAAGAAGGUGGAAAGGAUCAAGACCCUCAUUGCCAAAUCCAGCCUGCAGAAUGUCAUCCCCCUGGGUGAGGGGGAGGUGGACGCCCCCCAGGACCCUGAGACCCAGCUGCAGGAGCAGGAGAAGAGGAUAGAGAUCUCGUGCACGCUGGCUACCGAGGCCUCCCGCCGGGGCCGCAUGCUCUCGGCUCAAUGCGCUACCCCAAGCCCUCCCACCUCCCCAGCCUCCCCGACUCCACCGACCAACCCCCUCUCGUCUGAAACAUCCCGGGUCGCCGACAACAGCCAUUUUAUGCGUGUCUGA